GGAGGGAGGCCCGGACCAGCUUCAGGAGCCGCCGCUGAGGGAAGGAUCGUCCGAAGGAGCGUCCGCGGCUCCCGGUUGACGCGAGGGCCCGGCCGCUCAGCCCAGUGCGGAUCCGGCCGUUCGCUGGCCGGGGGGGCCGCCCCGGGGAGCGGGGCCGCCAUGUCCAUGGAGGACCCCUUCUUCGUGGUGAAAGGGGAGGUACAGAAAGCAGUGAAUACUGCCCAGGGGCUGUUCCAGAGAUGGACUGAGCUCCUGCAGGAUCCUACCACAGCCACAAGAGAAGAAGUUGAUUGGACAACUAAUGAACUUAGAAAUAACCUGCGGAGCAUAGAGUGGGAUCUGGAGGAUCUAGAUGAAACCAUCAGCAUAGUCGAAGCCAACCCACGUAAAUUCAACCUCGAUGCUGCUGAACUGGGCGUAAGAAAAGCCUUCAUUACGAACACCCGACAAGUUGUCAGGGAAAUGAAGGAUCAGAUGUCAAGUUCAUCUGUGCAGGCUUUAACUGAAAGAAAAAAUAGACAGGCACUAUUGGGAGAGAGCGGUGGUCCCAACUGGAGCACUGGAACAGAUAAAUAUAGCCGACUGGAUCGAGAACUGCAGUUAGCCAAUUCACACUUCAUAGAGGAGCAGCAGGCACAGCAACAGUUGAUUGUGGAGCAGCAGGAUGAGCAGUUGGAGCUGGUCUCUGGCAGCAUUGGGGUGCUGAAGAACAUGUCACAGCGCAUCGGUGGGGAGCUGGAGGAACAGGCAGUGAUGUUAGAUGACUUCUCUCACGAGUUGGACAGUACUCAGUCUCGGCUUGACAACGUGAUGAAGAAACUUGCGAAAGUAUCUCACAUGACCAGCGACCGUCGUCAGUGGUGUGCAAUCAUCAUUCUCUUUGGAAUCUUACUGGUAAUGCUUAUUCUCUUUUUUGUGCUGUGAUGGACGUCCUCCUUGGAUGCUUAUUCUCCUAUAAGAAAGGAGAGAAAAGAAAAGUCAGCACAGUUAAUGUUGCCAUCCACUCACAUUCCUCUUCUAAAAAGACGCCACUGGACUUAUGAGUCCUUCUCUCUCGUGAGAACUAAUACUUCUGGCAGUUGGUCUGUCACGUCAGCUCUUCAGCCCUUAGACAACAAACUGAGGCUCGACACAGGCCGAAGCUGCUGUAUCGAGGAAGUUGUGUGCGGCCACCAAAAGCCCGGAGGACAAGUGACUUUUCUUUCUCGGGUCUCCCUCCAGGGUGGAGGGCUCUAGAACGAACACUGAAGAUUCAGCAAAUUUAGACGACUUUUGUCGUUGCCGCCCUUCCAUCUGUUGCAAACGCUAGCCUUAUUGAAACUAACACGUUGGUUGCUUGUUGUACUUCCUCUUCCACCUGUGCAGAGAUGGUUGUGAAAAGGGCAGGAAGUGCAAGAGGAGUACUGAAACAGCAAAUUCCAGAUGGUCAGAGGGGCAAGCACAGAGGUAAAAAUUACUUUUCCAAACACGUUUUCUCAACUACAGAAAUGACAUAAUUUUGUAAAUACUGAAAGUAAUUGGCUUUGGGGCACUAACAAAGGGAAAUGAUGUUUUGACUCUGGGGAGGAAAGAGUGAUGUGAACUUGAGUUUGCAAAAUUAGCAAACACCAGUUCAUGCAUCCGGAGGGGGCAAAGGGUCUUCAGAUUAUUGCUGGCUUGGCUUAUUGUCGUGCCUUCACUUCCUGGCACAAAAUUCCAUAGGUUGUGAUUGCCUCGUAAGUAUAGACCUGCAAAAUAGUGCCCCCAGCUUCUUGAGUUAGUUGUACAAACGCACUCCCCUCCCUGAAAGGAGUUUCAUUGUUUCUAAUUGUUUGCUCUCCUGCUGGGGGCGGGAGUCUUCAGUUCUACUUUUCCGUCAUUCCAAAGGUGAAAAAAUUAGGGAACUGAACUGUGACCCUGGGACAGACUUUUUCCUACGGAAAUCGGUAAGCGUUAGGUAGGAUAGGUGGUUUUCCUUAUGCUCAUAAGUCGUUUUCCUUACACCUUUUUUAUUUGAAUAACUGAGCCAUUCCAAAAUGUAAACUGGCAGUGCUGGGUCAUAUUUAGAUAGGUUAGGGGAACCCUAAAUAACCCACUUUUGAGUACUUUAAAAAUGCCUCAAACAUGCACAUGUAAAUAGGAUAUUUUUAUAACAUUCCCCAAUGAGUAAACAAAUGUGGUUUAACACCAAGGUAGGGAUACAAAUGGUUACAUGGCAUUUCCUGGCCGUCUUGUAAUCCUGGUUCAGUCACUGUUGACUAGCCCAUCUUAAUGUUGAAUUCAUGUAUUCAUUAUGGAAGGUUGGAGAUUGUUUUGCAUAACAUUAUUUUUGAAAAGACUAUUAGCCUAGGGGGGAGGGAAAUGAGGAAAUGAGUCCCUCUAUAUUUUAAAAUGAGAAAUUUGUAGAAGAAAAGGGAGGGGGGGUUGAUCAGUUUUUCCCAUUUACUCUCCAACUGUGUUGACACAUUUGAUGACUGGCUAAGCUUCCGUUCUUCUGACUAGGACCAGUAAUUAUAGCUAGUGGCCCCCCGAUUGCAGGGACUCGGUAAUACUUUAAGAAAAUCAACUCUCCAGUGGCCCUGUACCUUCUUAAACAAAGGUGCUCUACGUGUAAAGGUCUUGUUUAAAUCUAGAAGAGUUGACUUUCAUCCUCAUUGAAGUGGACUUCUAGGGGCAGUGCUAGAGUCUCUCUGCUCACCACAAGAAACAACCAAAACAAUGUCUUAAAUACAGUUCACCUUAUAAUAGUCAUAGUUGAUAACUGUCUCAUUCCUACCAUCCUUUCUAAUCACACUUGCUGGUAACAGCACCUCCUGAUGGGUUAGGGGGAAGAUCUGGAAACAUUUAGCCACCAUUUUGUGACUAAAUUCAGUAAACAACUUGAUUGUCUAGUGUAUUAUGAGAGGUGGAAUAGCCUGUCGUUACUGUACAAUAGCCACUUUGCUCUGGGUUUUCAAUAUGUGGCGUGAACUGCCAAAAAGGCUGUCAUACUAAAGGCAGCAAAAGAACUCAACAAAUCAUGUAGCUUGUCCUUUCUGUACAAUAGUCACUCUGCUCUAGGUUUUCAGUGUCUGGCAUGAACUGCCAUAAAGGCUGUCAUACUAAGGGCAGCAAGAGAACCCCAAAAAUCUUAAAAGAUUGGGAUCAGAAUGGGACACGUCUUCAGCCAGACCUUGGUACUCUUUCUCCAGCCCAAGGCUUGGUGCUACAUGGGAUAGGGAAACUUCAUAUGGGCUAGUGGGGGAAAAAAAAUACCUAGGUGCUAAUUGUAGCUCUGCCACUAGCCUGUCUGACCUUGGGCAAGUCACUUCACCUCUCUGGGCAUCAGCUUUCUUACCGAUAAAAUGGGAUAAGAUCCCUGUUCUUGCUGCUUCACAGAUUACAGGACUGACCUGUGUGGAUCUCACAGUGAUUAGCACAAAAAGUAUCCCCACAUACCCUUCCUUUGUAGAAACUACAGCCAGCCCAAUUGUCAAUUCUAACUUUACCUCAUGGCACAUUAAGUGCCCAAGGGAUGAGAGCUACUAGCAUGAGUCAUUAAAUUCUGCUCUGAUGUUUAGGUUACAGCCAACAGAAUGAGUUGCUAGAAUCCAAGGGAAUGUUCAUGCCUUCCACCCUAGGUUCCCUGCUUGGUCACAGUUAAUUACCAAAAUCUAUCUUUAAGUACAUGACUUAAUUGGCCUACUGUUCCCACUGGGUUUAUUCAGUGAUGCCUCUGAACAAUGGAUAAUCUUAGACCAGAGUCAAUCAAGCAGAAGGUAGCCGCCUGCUGAAGGUUGGAGAGUCUAGAGUGUAACUUUUCCUAGCCCCUACUCCCCCCCCCCCCGGCCUAGGUUCUACUCCCAGUGAGCUGUGCACCACAGAAUCUGCCAUUUUCCCCCGAGCCGGGUCUGAGCAUGCUGUUUAAUGUCUGCGGUCAUCGCUGAGCUAGUUCUAGCUUGUGGAGUGUGAAUGAACUCUUAGUCACUUCAAAGGAAAAAAAAAAGAAAUCCAAGCCAGGAGGCCUAACUAUAUUGAGUAGGUGAGGCAAAUAUUUGUCCCUAAUUAAACUGAAGCUAAUAGGUAUUGGGACACCUAACCCGGCUGACAUUUUACCUCUGCCAUUUGGCGACCGAACUGGCGACAAGAUGACAGCAGCCGAAUGCUCCUCAGGGUUCCUGGCGCCCCGCCCUGGAUCGUCUAAGGGGAGAUGAUCUCCACAUUUGGACUCCAAACACAAAACAAGGCUGCAAGGGGGAAGAGAAGCCAUGUUAAGUAAGGUGUGAAACCAGAACCACCACCAAGAUGGUUUUAAACUUUUGUGCUGUACACUGUGUUACAGUUGGAAGCUGCUUUGCUUCCAUCAGAAGGGAAUCAGUUCCAGACCAAGAGGGAGGAGAAAGUCCAGUGCUGUGCCGUUCCCUGUUUUCAGGCAGAGAUAAACAGACUGGUGGGGCAGCCAGAAGCCCAACAGCCUGGCAACCCCAGCUCUGCUCCACUCCGGAAGGCCCACAGUGCUGGGCAGACCUGAUUGUUAAUGCUGCCGAAGCACGCCUGUCUCCAUUAAAUGUUUUGCCCCCUGGCUGGAUGGGACAUCUGUUCCAUGAUUGGGGAAUCAGGACAUGGAGACAGCCACAGGUAUCUGUUCUCUAGAACAGUUCUGUGAAUCAAGUUUUUUUUAUUUUAAAGGGGUACUUAAAACUAACAAGGUUGUAGUUUAAAAUAGUGUCUGUCUAGGAUUGAGUCUGGUACAACAGUAUAAAUUCCAUUAGACUUCCAUUAUAAACUUUAUCUUAUACCCUGGGAAGGCACUACCUCAAGGUUUCCUCAAUUUACUUUUUCCUUAGUGUUGGUUCUUUCAGGCCAUUUGUCCAUCAUCAAUAGGGGGAACAAAAGGGUUGAUCUACUCACAGCCCUAACCCAGGCAGUCACCGGGCAGCAGUCUUGGCUGCAAACAGUAGUUAAGGGGAGACGGUACUCACGGAAAAGAACGGCAAGGCCGGCAAAGGGGCAGGCGGCUGGGUGGACCGGGACCCUGAGAGUGCUUGUGUGCGCUUCUGCAGUAGAGACACAACAGCAGGUGGGCUGGCUCUGGAGAGAUGAGGUGGGGCCAUGGCCUGCAAAAAGGAGAAUUCUUUGGUUACUUUUUCUAAAAGGUCUAGGUGCCACAAAGCAUCGCUCAGUUUGCUGCUGUUGUACACUGGGGUAUCGUAUGAGCUCUGACGCAGGACCCUUGCUGUGGACUAAGUUCUUAUGUGGUUUUGCUCUUAAGAGCACGGCAACCCCAAGAAUACGACCAGUCUGAUUCUAGGUAGGGAGGAUCUUGGAGCCAGAGUCCCAACUGGGUUACCAUUUUUUAGGAGAGGGAGAAGAGCAUCUUUUCCCUAAUUUUUACUCCCUGUUUGAAAAGCUAGAAACACCAAUUGAGAACUCAGCCCCUCUUUUAUCCUCCCUCCUCCAGCCCCCUGCCUGAGGGCUCGGUGGGUGUGGGAACACUAGUGAGGGCUGAUGGCUACAAACUGGCAGACCAACGACCUAUCGACUGUAACCACCGUGGGAACCGUGUUCCACUGCCUCACCGGUCACCGUCGAUGCCUUUCCGUUCACACUGACUUCACCCACGGGUGAUUUGACACCCUUCAGCUCAGAUUUGGCAGUUAGGGUUCUCCAUUCCAAAGCAAUUUUACCUCAGGGGAGGCCCUAGCAUACCCCGUUCUCCUGCCCUGCAUUAAGAAAAACUCGUGUGGUAGUUCUUACCUCGUCCAGUGUCCCCCGUACAGCCCGGGUUCUUCCGCCACCAAGUAACGGCUGUCUCCCCCUGGGCUCGCGUUGGUGAAAAAACGUUCCUCAACCUCUCGCCGUUCUGUUCCCUAGGGCCCACGAGGCAGAACUGAGUGUAUUUUUGAGGUGACACCCUGCAUUACGAUUCACAGUUGAGUGUAGCAAUUUGAAAGCGUUUCUGUCCUUGUAAAGUUUUUAGGUUUGAAUUAGCUGUAAGUCAGAUGAAGCCGUGAGAGCCUCUCGUGUGUCCAGUCGGUGUUAGCUGUAAAUUGAGGAUACUUCCUUUCCUAGGGGCAAGGUAAGAAAGUUAGCACUUGCUGGGGCUGCCCAUUGGUGCCCUUUGUUUUCCCCCAGCAUGGUGCCCUGAGCCCUCAGCCCACGUGGCCAGCUGCUGAGCAGCAGCUGCUUGUGCUAGGUGGGAAUUCUGUGGCCUGAAUUUUCCACAGCCAAUGAGAGCUGGGCCCAGGGAUGUGCGUGAAGGGUGUGCGCUGGGUUAGGUUCUUUUUUAAGGUCUGAAAUACACAAACGUAGAAGCACUUAAAGAUGCUGCCAUGGUAUUCCUGGCGAGAGCACCAAGUCCCGUGGAUCACAGACCAGAUCCCGCCAGCCUCUUUUUCCUCUCUUGGAUGCCAAGCACCUUGCUCUGUUUGGGUCCUGGUAUUUCCUCUGCUGCUCUAUUUGCCCUCGGACAAGGGAAAGACAGCCAAGCUGCCACUGAGAAGCUCUGGGGAAUCAUUUGGAAGGUUGCAAUGACUGCUUUUUAACCUUGAAUGAACUGAUUACUGCCAGCAUUGAGUUCUGAUUCCAGAUGCCAGGCUGAGUUCCCAGCAUCAGGGACUGUCUCUGGUGGGGAAGGGUGAAAUAGGCAAAUCAGAGUCAUCCCCAGAACUUCUCGGUACAGCUUGUUUCCCUAACCUGUUCCCCGUACUGGAAGGAGGGGUAGAGUGGAAGGUUAAUGUGCUGGCUUCUCAGAACAUCAUUAGGAGACGGGCCCAGGACUUUCAUGAUAGGAGGUUUCAGGCAAGCAUGAAUGUCUUCCCUUCCUAAGUGUGCUGACACAGUGUGUUCAAUACAGUAAAUGGUCAAACAGUAGGAGUGAAAUGCCAACUCUAUUUUUCAUGAGGAUCAAAGGCACUAAAACCCCCCUUUUAAAAACAAACAGGAGUGUGAAGCUGAGAAAAAGAGCACAGAGAGGGAAAGACUCGGGUGCCUUAUAGGAACCAGCUUACCGUCUGCAGUGGGGGAGGAGCCUCCUACUGGGGGGAGGGGCGGGGCUCCCCGCCCUUUCAUCUGGAAGGUCCCAGGUUAAGUCACGGUAGCCCUCACUCCAGGAAUACAUCGGGUAAUCCAUGGCUUUCAUAUCUGGAAGACAUUAAAAUAAACUGGUGAGUCCGAAAAAUUCUUUCAGAUUAAAGGGAAAUCAUCAUGAGCCCCAAGAGCUAAUUCCAAGGAUGGGUUUUGUCCACCUCUGUGACUGGUCUUCAUUUUUGUCUUGAAAUGUAUCAGCUAAUGUUUCCAACUUCUGCUGUUGGAAUCUCGUCGCAAUUGUAAAAAUAAGGCUGUACAGUAUUAAAGUGAAAUGGAGCUAUAUGA